CUAGAUUGACGUCGCAGUGAAGCUGAGGCUCCGCCUUCGACUCCGCCUCUCAGUUUCUUCCCCGCCCACUGUGGCAUUGCAGAAGACUGGUAGUUCGUGAGCUAGCAAGGUAGCCGAUGUAUCGUGUUAGAACCUGAUGCGUCGUGACUCGCAUUACUAGUUUUUUGACAGUUCUCGCUGUUAUUCGGUGCUAGACACGUGAACGAAAAAGGUUUGUCCGGCGAAUAGCAGGAGGGAUGUUAGCGCUUCUGUGCUGUUCUUGACGCAGAAAUGCGUUUGUCCUCCCGGCUUUAAGUUGUGAAUAUUGUGGAUUGAAGUUGUGACGCAUUUUUUCGUGGAAAGCAUUUGCAUUUACUUAUCAGUGUUUUAGAAGAAGAAAGUUUUUCAGUGCAUUUUACUGAUUUUCGCCAUAUGUUAAAGAUAAGACUUUUUUUAUUAAUGGAAUGCAAUAUUUAUGUGUGAAAAGUUAACUGCAAUUGUUCCUGAAUAACCGCUAAAAAAGUAUCAGAAAGUUAAUAGAAAUUGUUAAAACAAUAAUCAAGAAUUUUUUUUUAACGGAAAAAGUACUUAUUUAUUUUUAUCGUUUUUUAAGUAUAGUUUUGUUUAACUUUGAUAAUAGCGACGAUUCAGGAAAUAUGAACUGUUGAAAAUAGAAAUAAGACAUUUUAAAAGCGAAAUUCUUCAGUAAGUAACUUCUAAAAUAAUCCACUUAAAUAUAAGGUGCACUCUUUGAAUUUUUUAAUAAUGUGACAGGUAACUGGAAGAUAAUCAUAAAUAUAAGAUUCAGAUGCCUUAUCUUUAAGGCAUUUAAAGUUGUAAAAUAAUUACAAAAAAAGAAUAAGAAUUGUGCUUUUGUUGGCUUCUCUAUUUUAAUUAAAUUUUACUGCACACGAAAAAUAAAUUAAAAAAUAUGAUUUCUGAUAAUCAGAUGCAUUUUUCAAUGAAAAAGUUACUUAUUCGGAAAUGAAUGACCUGAACAAAAUUUUCUGCUAAAGGAACUGAUGAAAAAUUCCAAUUCUUCGAAGAUUCAUAUCUCUUUCGAAUAUACCAGGUAUUAAAAAUGCAUUGUAUGUAUAGUCAGAAUUUUUAAGAGGGGUGCACCAGCAUGAAGAUGGUUCUGUGUGCCGGGUGUGACAGUCCCAUUUUGGACCGAUUUUUAUCGAAAGUGGAGGAGCGUGCAUGGCAUGCGAAGUGCGUGAAGUGUUGGGACUGCCAAGGAAUUUUGGCCGACAAGUGUUUUUCGAGAGAUGGGAAGUUAUUUUGCCGCACUGAUUUUUUCAGACGCUUCGGAACCAAGUGCGGCGGAUGUUCGCAGGGCAUCUGCCCCACUGACUUGGUGCGCAGGGCCCGGGGCCGCGUGUACCACGUCGCCUGCUUCACGUGUCUGCUGUGCAGGAAGCAGCCUUCGACGGGGGAGGAGCUGUACGUGUUGGACGAAACACGCUUCGUUUGUAAAGACGACUUCAACAGGCAGCACCAGCAACAUAUUUCGUCAUCAAGUUCACCAUUAGACUCGCCGGAAUUCGAAGAAUCUCUGGGAGAUCCAACCGGCAGUCCACAAGGCGCAAUGGAUGGUGAUUCCAGUGUUGAAAGAUACCGGGACGUCGUCAGUGGAGGCUCGGGUGCCAACAGUCCACAUAACGCCACUACGGCGAACAACAGUGCCACUGAAGACUUGGCUCCCAUUGACUGCUUGGGCUCAGUGGGGCCCACGGGGCCCUCUUCCAACGACGAAGGAGCCGGUGGGGCUAAGAGACGGGGCCCUCGAACUACUAUCAAAGCGAAGCAGUUAGAGACUUUGAAAGCUGCCUUUGCUGCAACACCGAAACCUACACGGCACAUACGAGAGCAAUUAGCUCAAGAGACGGGGCUGAAUAUGAGGGUUAUCCAGGUGUGGUUCCAAAACCGACGAUCAAAGGAGCGUCGAAUGAAGCAGUUGAGCAGUCUGGGAGCAAGAAGGCACUUCUUCCGAAAUCCUCGGAGGACGAUGCGACCCCUCAGAGGAGGGCUCAUGGAAGAGGGAAUGCCUCACAACCCACCCUUCGCCUACUUCUCAGAUUCGAAUAGUCCAAACGAUUUCAAUUAUGCUGCUCAUCCUGGGUUUUAUGACUAUUUCCCGGGCUCGCAUCCCCAUGCAGGAAUGCCGGAUUUUCCCGGGACUGUCCCCAUUGGUCCACAGACUAACAAUGUUAUGGAACAUGCCAAUCCUCUUAAUAAUGGUGUCGCCACCCUCGGAGCCGAUGCACCCUACAUCAGCACUCCCUCCGACUGCCUGGGUUCCAGAUCCAGCCCUGAAAAUGUCCUGAGCACUAUGGCGGACGGAAGUUACGGUCCAAACGGGAGGCAGCGCCCACCGGACAACACAUCAUUUUCUUCCUUCAUGCCCAAUCAUGUCCCAUCACACAUGACCGAAACGAGAGUGUGGUGACAGUAAAACUCGCCAACUACUAUCCCCACUAACUGUCGACUCUUUCUAACUGAGAUAGACCAUAGACUUUCACCCAUUUUAGAAAUUUCCGUGAUUCUUGGCUCUCAUCAAGACUUUACAAGUGUGAUAUGAAGUUUAAUUGUGUGUCAUUGGCUAAAGGUUAUUUGAUCCGAUAUUUGAACUUUGAUUGUUUGAAUCUGUCUUGAUCUUUUGAAUGCGCGAUCGAGAAAAGAUGCAUCUCUUGCUGAAAAUGCUUGCUGUCAGAAGAAGACUUGAAACUGCAACAGAACUGAUUGUUCAUAUGUGUUUCUUGUUUUACAAACAUAGAAAGAAUGGUGAUUACGAAAUGGAUUUUUGUAAAUAAGGUUGAUUUUGAAUGUCUCGGGAUUGUUUAAUGUCAUACUCCUUAACAUUUCUGCCUUCAGUUUUUGUGUAAAUAGGUACUGUAAAAAGUUAUAUGAAUUUUCACACUCAUUCGAUAUUGAGUAAAACUUGGUCAACGAGGGCAUUAUGUUUUAUUUCACGAACAAUUUUAGUCAUUCAUAAUUUUCUUGCUAUAUUUUAAUUAAAUUAAUAUCAAAAAAGGAUUAAAAAUUAUAUAAAGGCAGUACUGGCAAACAUAUUUUAUAUGCAAGUUAUGAGAAAUAUGCUCAAACAAAAUUGUUAAUAAUUUAUUUCGGAAUAUAUGAAUCCAACCGGAAUUCGAUGCAGCACAGCACUGUUUUUAAAUAUAUGCAUUUUAAACAUAUGUAAUUAUUUAUUCAUUUCUAUGGCACUAAUUGCUAAAAUUUGCCAUUUGGGGGCAGCAGUCACUUCAAAUCGGUAGGGAUUAUUAUUAUCAUCAAAAUGGUUUGUUUUUUUACUUCAAUUUGUCAUUUGCAUAUGAUUAACAUUGGAUUAUUUACUCAUUAUUUAUAAAACUUUCCUGGAAUUCAUUUGGGUGCAUAAAAUCAUAUCAUUAACAUUUUGGCAUUCAAUUCCUACAAGACAAUCUUAUUAUAUGACAAUGCAUCAUUUUGAUUUUUAUAAUUGAUAAUCUACUGUACUUUUGUGGGCAUUUAAGCUUUUUUUCAGGCAAUUCUUGUUUAAAGUCUCGUUAAAGGCUCUAUUGUUUAAAGAAUAUUAUAUUUCAGCCGGCUUAAGUUUAUAUAAAAGACCAAAUAUUUAAUUAUAAAAUAUGGGGAAACCAAAUAGUUUUUGUAUAAAAAUUAUUCAAAUUGAAAAAAAAAAUGUUGUAGCAAUUACAAUAGUGAAAACUGUUAAGGUAAAAUAAAAGUUACAAUUAUUAAGCAAUUGAUAAAAUAUUAUAAAAUAGUAAAAAUAAUAUAAAUGUGAUAAAAAAAAUAGAAAUAACACAAUAAAUAAUAAUAACAAUCACAAAAUUGAGAAAAAAAAAUACGAAAUUACAAAGUAGACAAUUUUUAAAAAGUCACUAUUAAUAAUUGCUAAACCAUGGAAAUUAAAAUUAAAAAAAAAUAAUUGUAAAGUUAUGUUUGUCAAUUCUUUAUGAUGAAAAUUAAUGCCAUUAACAUUUUCUGUAUCCUUUAAAAUUUGCUUUGAAAAAAUUUCUACAUAUAUUAUAUUCCUCACCGCAUUUCGGGAUUGUAUGCACGAUUAUAUAGGAUAUCCAAUCUAAUCGUAGCCCUGCUGCUAAUUUCUAAACCUGUAUUUUUGCAAUGCAUACUUCCAAUUGAAAAAAUGAUCUAAUAUAUAUGUACACACAUACAAUCCCCGGUCUCAUUAGUAAAAUUUAAUAAAAUAUUCUUGGCACAGUAACAUUUUAAACGAAUUUCAUUUUAAACGAAAACGAUUUCAUCUUUCCGUGACCGAAAUGGGUCGCGAUAUGAAGUUUUCAAUAUCACUAUUUUAAAUGAUUUUAGACUAUUUCAUUGCUAUUCCAAGGAAGAUUGGCCAAUCGAUGACUGAAGUUUGCUCUAGGCCGCCAUUGAUUGGUCUGUGUUAAGGAAAAUCAAAGCUUUAUAACUCGAUCAGUUUUAGCCACUAUUGCUUUUAUUGAUUCAAAUAAAACCUAUUUCUUAUUUCAUUUAUAUUAUACUUCCAAAGUGCUUAACCUAAAUAUAAGUAUAUAUCUAUUUCUAAAUAGUUUGAGGAUUAACGACAGGGCAACAUUUAGAGGGCGAAUUCUUUAUAAUACUUUUUAAAGAACAAAGAUACGUAAUAUUCUUUCUUCUUUCAAGAUAUUGCUCAGAAAUUUGAAAGAUAUAUUGAAAAAAAAAAAAAACCAAUAAACAUAGGAAUAAAUUUUGCACACAAUAAGUUUCUAUUUCAUUUCUAC